AUGGACGGAGAGAGUGUAAGCGAUAAGCAAGCGGCGGACUGGGCAGCGGCUCGUUUGGAAGCGGCCAUGAUGGCACGGCUAGGAUUUUCAGGACCUUCCGGAAGGAAGCGAAAAGCCCACGAAAACAAUAGCGGGCCUACCUCAAAAGCCAAUUUAGCGAAACGGAAGAAAGUGGACGGUAUCGAAGAACAGGGCGAAGAAGGGGAUGGAGAAUCAGUGUCAGAUGAAGAUUUUGAACAAGGAAGGGGCUCGGAUGCUGAAAGUGAGUCCGAAUCUGAGGUUGACGUAGAGGAGGUAGUGGGUAGCGGUUAUGUUCUGGAGGAUAUGCGCUCCGAUGAUGACGAAUGGGACGGUGAAUACGAUGACGAUUUAGAGGAAGAUAACGACAGUGAUGAGGAUACUAGCGAACACGAUAAAUUUCUUUCAACGGUCACUACGACCGGCCCACAAGUGGUUGUAUUCCAAGACACCAGUGCACAGCGAAGUGCGCCCGUGGGCAGUAAAGGUGACUGGAAAGCCUUCAUGUCAUCCAACAUUAGCAAACUUUCCGGAGAGGCAAAAACCAAAAACCUUACCAAAGAAGAAGCUGACCAGGAAGAGCAGGACAAUCAACAUGACCGGGAUCUGAUGGAGUUACUCAAGACCACCAAGCUCAUUGAAGAGUACAAUGCCUCCCAGCUUGCUGGGACGGAAAGACGAAAGUACAUGCAGGAGAAAUUGGUAGAGCUAGGUGCCAAACCAGCCAAGCCCAAAGCACCAAGAGCAAUCCGCAUGGGAAUGGAACUGAAAGAAAAAGAACGUGCUGCCAAACGACUAGAAGAGGCCAAGAAUAUGGGGACAUAUCACUCUUCACUGAAGGCCCAAAUCAUGGGUGAAGCGGGCAAAAAGGAAAAGGAAAGCAAACUAAAGCGGAUAAAAGAGCGGGUGAAGGCUCGUAGCAGAGGGAUUGACGGUGGAUUUGGAACAUUUAGGAAUGGAACGCUGCAUGUAUCAAAGGAGGAUAUUGAGGCAGUUGAAAAGGCCAGCAGUAGAGGGCGGGGGCGGGGCCGAGGCCGAGGUCAGGGUAGAGGAAGAGGGGGAAGUAGAGGAGGAGGAGGGGGAAGAGGAGGAGGAGGGGGGAGAGGAGGAGGAGGGAGUAGGGGAGGAGGAAGGGGAGGUUCCUCUAAACUGGCUGGUCGUAGGGAUCGAUGGUAGUUUGCGGCUCAUUAACAUACAAUGCAACAACUAUUUAUUUCACUCAAAUUGGCAAGUCAACAUAAGGAGAGGAUACACGUUAAUGCAUAAUGUCAAUACUAUUUUAUACAGUGGUCUAAG